AUGGAAGAGGAUUCUGAAGAUCAGAGAUUCUGUUUUAACAAUCUUCGGAUCUGUUUGGAUAAUUGGCAUCCAAAAGGCCCUUUCGUGGAGAGUUACAGGGCUAAUAUUACAAGGGAUUUCUCUCUUCCUCUAAAUGCAAAGGUUUCUGCCAUAAUAAAAGAUCCAAGCUGGUCCUGGUCCAGAAGAUCUUCUGCAGUUGUAAAUGAUAUCAAACACAUAAUCAAUUUCAUCCCAAUUCCAGUUAAGGAAGAUAGAAGGAUAUGGACUCACUAUUCAUCAGGUGAUUUUACCUUUUAUUCUGCUUGGGAGGCUAUAAGAACUAAACAAGGUAUUGUUCCUUGGCAUAAAGCAACCUGGUUUAAGGAGUGCAUUCCGUUACAGGCUUUUGUUCCUUGGUUUGAAUCCUGGAACAGGCUAAAUACAAUGGAAAGAGUUUCAAGAUGGUGGGGAUCUCAAUCUACUCUCUGCUGUUACUGUAACCAAAGCAUAGAGAAAAGGAUCAUUUAUUCCUUGCCUGCUGCAUUAUAA